GAACAGCGAACUUGAGUCACAUGACUCGGUUUUUAAGGCCUCAAACACCAGACGGGUUCUGCAUACAGAGCGUGGAGACCUCGGACUUCAGGAGAAAUCUGGUCCUAUCGAAUUACGCAAGACACAAUACUCUCUAUCGGCGUUAACUCGCAGCAGCCGCUCACAUCAUACUAGAUUGGAAUCCAGUGAAGACACGUCAGUAAGCUCUGAGGAUCAGCUGGAAGAAAAGAAUGCACUUCACAAAGGGAUAACAGUCGGUUCGCUAUUGCGAAGAUACGAUCGACUCACAAAAGAGGUUGGUGACAUAGCAGGACUUUUACAAUGA